GCGCAGCGGAGCCCUGUGCGCCUGUGCCUGCGCCGCCCGCCCCAGGCCCUGGCCUCGGCCGAGCGAUGCUGCUGCUGGCUGCCGCCUUCCUCGUGGCGUUCGUGCUGCUGCUCUACAUGGUGUCUCCGCUCAUCAGCCCCAAGCCCCUCGCCCUGCCCGGGGCGCAUGUGGUGGUUACAGGAGGCUCCAGUGGCAUCGGAAAGUGCAUUGCUAUCGAGUGCUAUAAACAAGGAGCUUUUAUAACUCUGGUUGCACGAAAUGAGGACAAACUGUUGCAGGCAAAGAAAGAAAUCGAAAAACACUCUGUUAAUGAUAAACAGGUGGUGCUUUGUAUAUCAGUUGAUGUAUCUCAAGACUACAGCCAAGUAGAGAAUGUCAUAAAACAAGCACAGGAGAAACUGGGCCCAGUGGACAUGCUUGUAAACUGUGCAGGAAUGUCACUUGCAGGAAAAUUUGAAGAUCUUGAAGUUAGUACUUUUGAAAGAUUAAUGAGCGUCAACUACCUGGGCAGCGUGUACCCCAGCCGAGCGGUGAUCACCACCAUGAAGGAACGCCGCGUGGGCAGGAUUGUCUUCGUGUCCUCCCAGGCGGGGCAGUUGGGCUUAUUUGGUUUCACAGCCUACUCUUCGUCCAAGUUUGCCAUCAGGGGAUUGGCAGAAGCUUUGCAGAUGGAGGUGAAGCCGUAUAAUGUUUAUGUCACAGUUGCCUACCCACCAGACACAGACACCCCCGGGUUUGCAGAAGAAAACAAAACCAAGCCUUUGGAGACCCGUCUUAUUUCAGAGACCACAUCUGUUUGCAAACCAGAACAAGUGGCCAAACAAAUUGUUAAAGAUGCCAUACAAGGAAAUUUCAACAGUUCCAUCGGCUCAGAUGGGUACAUGCUCUCGUCCCUGACCUGUGGAAUGGCUCCGGUAACUUCCAUCACUGAAGGGCUCCAGCAGGUAGUCACCAUGGGCCUCUUCCGUACGAUUGCUUUGUUUUACCUUGGAAGCUUCGACAGUAUAGUUCGUCGCUGCAUGAUGCAGAGAGCGAAAUCUGAAAUUGCAGACAAAACUGCCUAA